GCAGAAUCUCGUUGUUUUGUUUUGGACAUCCAACUUCUGGUUUGCAUCUGGUGUUGUUUUCGUUUCGUUUGUUCGGUGUUGCACACCAUCAUCUUCGCUCGUGAUAGGUGCACGCUCCGAGUGAUCACACUCACAGUAGUCGGGCGGCACAACACAGUGCUGCUCGUGAUCAGCGGCCGCACUCGGCGCGGCGCGACGAUGUAUAUAUAUAGACCAUUCUCCCAUCGGUACCCUCUUCGGUGCAACGGUUGCAGCACGGUCAGCUCCACAUCGCGUCCACUGCGCUAAUGCAUCGCCAAGGUGUUAGAGCAUCGGGCGAUCCAGCAAAGCGUCUCCGAGCGUCCGGCACCGAUGGUGGGUGACGGUGGUGAUCUGUAUCCGGGAUGGUCGCGAGGUCGUGAACGUGAUCGCGGGUGGAGAUAGCAGCGUAACCGAACUCUCUGGCCCUGCCGCUGUAUCGGCCGGUUCGUGUUCGGGUUCGGGUUCACCGGCGACCUUUGAGACGACGGACCAACCGACGGCCCCUUCGACCGGGCAUAUACCCAACAAAAUCGUCAGCUAGCAGCACUGCUACGUCCUUACAUAACCUGCAACGCUUCGCAACAUACACGGCAGAAUGUUGACGGUGCAGCAGCGUAGGAUCGUUAGGCUGCGGACGUCCCGGUUUUUCGCUCCCGACCCGAAAAAGAAAACGCAACGCGGUGUGCAUCACGUGAACCGGUGGUGACGUAAGCGUCGGCGGUCCUCAAGUUUCAAAGUUCAAAUACCAAUAUCCCAGAAAUCCUCCCGAAAAGAAAAAACAAACUAUUACAAGCAGUUACAGUGCAGUGGUGGAGAAACGUUGGAUGGAGUACGUACCUGGUCACCGUGUGUAAUGUUGUGUUGACACCGGCGCUCGACCAGCCGAUCCUAGCGAUAACGUUCGAAUAAAACCAACCAAGUACGAGCUCAGGAACGUCAGGAUGGACUUCCUGCUCGGUGGGUGUGCGGCUACCUGUGCCGGCUUCUUUAGCAACCCGUUCGAUGUGAUCAAGACGCGCCAGCAACUUCACGGUGAGUUGCUAGGGCGCACCGGACCGACGGGACCUGGGCCGGCCGGGUCCAACACCACCACCACCUCCGGAACCAAUCCGUACAGCUCCGUGAUACGUUCGUUCCGGUCGAUCCUCCGUUCGGAAGGUGUGCUUGGGUUGCAGAAGGGUUUGGUGUCCGCCCUUGCCUUCCAGUUCGCAAUGAACAGUGUCCGGUUGGGUAUCUACCAGACGGCAGAGAACUGCGAGUGGACGCGCGGUGACACACAGGCCACGACCCUGCUUCGCUCGAUGGCUUGGGGUGGGUUGAGCGGUGUCGUUGGGUCCACCAUUGCCUGCCCACUGUACAUGGUGAAGACACAGAUCCAGGCCCGUUCGCACGGGAAGUAUGCGGUCGGGUAUCAGCAUCGGCACACCAGCACACUGGACGCACUGACCGGGAUCUAUAGGACGCACGGGAUCCGUGGACUGUGGCGCGGUUAUCCCGGCAUCGUGACACGUACGGCCGUCGGUUCCUCGGCCCAGCUUGCUACCUUCUCCACCUGCAAGGACCUGUUCGCACAGUUCGAUUGGGCCCGGGAGUCGGUGGCGAUCACCGCGUUCGCGGCGAGCAUGGUGAGCGGAUUCUUCACGUGCGUGUUCAUGUCACCGUUCGAUGUGAUUGCGACGCGACUCUUCAAUCAAGGUGUUGAUGCGCAAGGACGAGGCCUUCUCUACCGGAGCGUGGUGGACUGCUUUACGAAAACGUUGCGUGCCGAAGGUUUGCACGGGCUGUACAAAGGGUUCGUGCCGAACUACUGGCGUAUCGCACCGCACACCAUCCUGAAUCUAACGUUCUGGGAUCAGUUUAAGGCGUGGCGAGAUCUCUACUACGGUUAGAACGGAUUCUCCUCUGGUGGAGAGGACGGACUCGCCAUUUUUUUUUUAGCGAUUGAUUCUUUUCUUUUAUUACUACUACCCUUGUAUUAUUCACGCGCAACAUCAUAUGCUACACUGUACUACUUAAAGAUAGAGGCUUCGAAAAUCGGAAAUAAAAAAACGAAUGAAACUACAACAGCGAA